AUGUAUUUAAAGAGAAGAAUAUUAUUUAUACCAUCAGAAAAACACUUCCCUUUACUAAAAGAAUGCCUCUUUGAUAGUAAGAAACAAAUUGCACCUGCCUCACCGCAAUCCUGGAAAUUCUUUCUUGAAGUGACAAGAUAUGUCCCAAUCAAGAAGUUGAGACUUCUCCUAGCUGCACAACCAAUAUCGGAUAUCACCAUUGUAGAAUGCCACAAUCAAAUCCAGUUUGCCUAUUUAAAAGUCGCUAAGUUAGAAAAGAAAGAAAAGAUACUGGACUAA